CUGUGAGGGAAUUAUUUCGGGGGGAGGGUAAGAGAGUCAUUCCCCCCUCCUCUUUCUCAUUCUCCUUUAAGUCUAUUGUUGCGAGUCUUGUGCUUACACUGCCCGGAGCUACUAUCAGUACUAAAAUGCUCGGAGCGGCUUUGCGCUGUAACCGGAGAGUCGCUAAUUGAGAACCCUGGACCUUCUGGCUUCCUCCCGGACGAGCCAUUAGUGAAGAGAUACCGAGCAGAGCGGUGCACAGACUCCGCAUCUGCUGCGUCGCUGCAGUCGAUGUCGUUUUUUUAAAUUAUUUACGUCCCAAGUCCUGCAGCAGGGGUGAAAAACAGAAAGCCUACACGAUCAACACCUUUCAGCGGAGCCGCGGAAGACAAGCGAGAAUCCCGGAGAAGGGCAGGAGGAAAUGUUGUUCGGGGAUUUGUUGUUUGUAAUGGAUUUUGCUAUGUUUUUUUGCUGGGGCUUUUGACUCCUGAAUUUGCGUGUUUUGUAAGCUGUUGUGUUUUUUUUGCUUCAACCUACAAGGAAUCAGUUGUUUUUUUUUAUUAUUUCGGUCUGGAGAAAACACAGCCAGGACGCUGGACUUGUUUCGGACUUUGCACUCAGUACCAGGGUGUCAGUGCCUCCGGGGACUCGCAAUUUCAGAAGCUAAACCGUAGUGUUUGGGGAUAAAUCCGUGCAGCUCUUUUCUCCCGGAGGAGGAACACUUGAGUACCCGAAGCUCGGGUGAGGCCACAGAACUCGGGACCCAAGUCCUAAAUGGGGAUCCAUCUCCCCGAUGUCUUGGAAUUGUGAUUUAUCGAAUUAUUGACUCAUCGGUUCGCGGAUACGCCAACAACCCAAGAUACCGAGGCAAGGUUUCAGGCCGUGGGGGUGCGAACUGAGCCUGCCGAUGUCAGGAAACAGCAUCUAACGCCAAUUGAGGGCUGCAAGACUAACCCCCCCCGACUUCCUCCCGCCACCUUUAUAUAGAAGACAUUCUGACAACAGCUCAGCAAGAUGAGCCCCUUCUCCCGGCUGUGCUUUGUCCUCUUCGGGAUGUGGGAAGCCGUGCUGGCUAAGCCGCUGGCUCUGGAAGACAGUCGGAUGAACGAGCCCAGGCCCUCUCGGCCUGUUCUACAGCCGGGCUUCCCAGGAAACAGCACAGUUGUGGCCGGGAGCGAUGUGGAGCUGCACUGCCGGGUCUCCGGGACCGCCAGGGCGCGGAUCCAGUGGUUCAGGCCUGUGGAGAGGGAUGGGAGUGUCUCUGUCCCUGGCGGCCCCCCCUACCUCAGGGCUCUGACGCCGAACCGCCUGAACGUCUCCAAGGGCAGCAGCCUGCGCCUGGCCAACGUCAGCCUCGCCGACGCCGGGGAGUACGUGUGUGUGGCAGAGAGCUCCGCCGGCCGGGACCAGCGGUCCGCCUGGCUCACCGUGCUGACAGAACGGCCACCUCAGACGCCUGUUCUCUCUGCAAGUGUGCCCUCAAUGUCCAACAGCGUCUCAUCAGGAAUUUCCAAAGACGAAACAACAGAGCAGUUCUUCCUGGAGCCUGGCGAGGUGCUCAAGCUGACCUGCGACGCCAACCGCACAGGUGGCAUCCACUGGUUCAAGGGGGACAUGCGGAUUCACCAUGGAGACCGCAUCCAGAUUCAGGCCAACACCAUGGAGAUCUCCGAGGUGACGUACGAGGACUCAGGCCCGUACUUGUGCGUGACGCGCGGCACGAGGGAGGUUCUGCGCAACUUCACCAUCACCGUCGUGGACUCGCUGGAGUCAGGUGAUGAUGAUGAAGACAAUGGCUUGGAAGACACAAUGGCAGAUGUGGAUGAAGAACAGACAUAUUACACCAGAGGACCUUACUGGACCCACACGCAGCGGAUGGAGAAGAAGCUGUACGCUGUUCCUGCUGGAAACACCGUCAAGUUCCGCUGCCCAGCCAUGGGAAGCCCUCUGCCCACCAUCCGCUGGCUGAAGAAUGGGCGGGAGUUCAGAGGAGAGCACCGCAUCGGGGGCAUCAAGCUGCGCCAUCAGCACUGGAGCCUGGUGAUGGAGAGCGUCGUGCCUUCGGAUCGAGGGAACUACACCUGUGUGGUGGAGAACAUCUAUGGCUCCAUCAGCCAUAGCUACCUCCUGGAUACCGGCAGCCUUAACAUGUCUGAGGUGGAGGUCCUGUAUCUGCCGAACGUCACUAUGGAAGAUGCCGGGGAAUACACCUGCCUGGCUGGGAACUCCAUCGGCUUCUCCUUCCAGUCUGCCUGGCUCACCGUCCUGCCAGAGGAAGAGAUCCUGGAGGAAGUGGAUUUACUGGAGACCAAGUACACGGACAUCAUAGUCUACGCCUCGGGCUCCCUGGCUCUGGUGAUGGCCGUCGUGAUCGUGGUGCUGUGCCGCAUGCAGUCCAGCUCCGGGGUGGAGCCCUUCGACGUCCUGCCCGUGCAGAAACUGUCCAAGUUCCCCCUGCGCAGACAGUAUUCCGUGGAGUCCAACUCGUCGGGCAAAUCCAGCGCCUCUCUGAUGCGGGUGGCUCGACUCUCCUCUAGCUGCACUCCAAUGCUGGCUGGAGUCAUGGAGUUUGAACUGCCCCUCGACCCCCACUGGGAGUUCCCGCGGGAGAAUCUGACCCUGGGAAAGCCGCUGGGGGAGGGCUGCUUUGGGCAGGUGGUGAGAGCUGAGGCUUAUGGGAUAAGCAAGGAGAGCCCGGACCAGGUCGCCACGGUAGCAGUCAAGAUGCUCAAGGAUGAUGCCACGGACAAAGACCUGGCCGACCUGAUCUCGGAAAUGGAGAUGAUGAAAAUGAUGGACAAGCACAAGAACAUCAUCAAUCUGCUGGGGGUCUGUACGCAGGAUGGCCCGCUGUACGUUCUGGUGGAAUACGCCUCGAAGGGCAGCCUGCGUGAGUACCUGCGAGCACGGCGGCCCCCCGGCAUGGACUACACCUUCGACGUCACCAAGGUGCCCGAGGAGCAGCUCACCUUCAAAGACCUGCUGUCCUGUGCCUACCAGGUGGCACGCGGGAUGGAUUACCUGGCCUCCCAACACUGCAUCCACAGGGACCUGGCCGCCAGGAACGUUCUGGUGACGGAGGACAAAGUCAUGAAGAUCGCAGACUUUGGCCUGGCGAGGGGCGUGCACCAGAUCGACUACUACAAGAAGACCACAAACGGGCGGCUGCCGGUGAAAUGGAUGGCACCAGAGGCCCUGUUUGACCGAGUCUACACACACCAGAGCGACGUGUGGUCGUUCGGGGUGCUGAUGUGGGAGAUCUUCACUCUCGGCGGGUCGCCUUACCCAGGAAUCCCCGUGGAGGAGCUGUUUAAGCUGCUGAAAGAGGGUCACCGAAUGGAUAAGCCGUCCAACUGCACCCACGAACUGUACAUGCUGAUGAGGGAGUGCUGGCACGCGGUGCCCACGCAGAGACCCACCUUCAAACAGCUGGUGCAGGACCUGGACCGCAUUCUGCUCUCUGUCUCCGAUGAGUACCUGGACCUGUCGACACCUUUUGAGCAAUACUCUCCGUCGUGUGAAGAUGCCUCUAGUACUUGUUCAUCGGACAACGACUCCGUUUUUACCCACGAUGCCUUGUCCACCGACCCCUGUCUCCUUGGUUACCAUGAUGUCCACUCCAGGAUAAGGACCUGAAAGCUGUUUGUUUGUUUUUUUUUGCUCCAAAUGAAAUCUGCCAUAGCCAUUUGGGUAUUCUGGGCAUUGCGUGAGACGUUUUCUUGAAAAGCGAAACAGAAAGUGACUUCUGGGUUUGCAGGCUCGAAAGCCUUUCCCAUCAUCGACACAGAGAUGCAGCUGUCGAAGUAGCCGCCUUUCAUUUACAGGUACUUUUCAUAUUGAAAGGGCUUUGUUGGCCUGUCUGUUGACUCGCAGUGAUGCCAAAGCAAAAACAAUUAGCAAGUACACACACGAAGGAUGUUUAACACGAAAACGUGAUUAUUUGAGAGGCUCGCUCUCCUCUGUGAUAGAAGAGCAUAUCCUGGGCUGCUAUUCCCAGUUCUGCCAUUUACACCAUUCCCACAAGCCCAGUAGGAUUUGAAGGUGCUGUGAUUCUGACUGGCGUGGGAUUUCUGGGAUUACGUGUUUUAUUGUAGGGAAGAAUCUAAUCCCAGAGUAUUUCCUGCGGUGCGUCUGAAAGUACACCUCUGGAGCGAGAGAGAGCAUCUCCCUUCGAAACAACACAAACACACACACUUUAAGCCAAUAUUGCAGGCAACACCUGGAAAACCAGUCUUGAAAGAUCAAGGCAGCAGUGUCACCAGAAAUAGAAUCAUGUAGAAGAUGAAAAAGAGAAAAUCUAUUUUGAUAUAAUGAACAGAAGAUGAUAGCAUUGUGAAAUAUAAAUAUAGAAAUAUAUAUAAGAUUAUUCUACAAUCUGGUAUUUAAAAAAUCUUAAAUCUCAGGAUAUUAUUUUAUGUCGCUAUAGUGGCAACAAAGUGCCUGCAUUUCUAACUCCAUGUGAAUAUAUUGAAUAUUAAAAUAUUUUUUAUGUACAUAUAAAAAAAGAAAACCUUUUUCCACCUUUUUUAUAAAUUAUUUUUUUGUUGAUUACAAUGAGAAAUGAAGUGUUUUAAGGUUCAGAGAUUCAAGUGUAAUUUUGAUUGUGGAUUAUAGAUUUUUUUCUGUGCAUUUAGAAAAUGCAAUGCAUUUACCAGCAGAUAUUUCGGUGAACUUUUAUUAAGAAACAUUUUUAAUGUAAGAUGUAUCAAAAGCAAUAAAGAACUCAAGCUUUUCAGUGGUACUAUAUGCAAUGCAAGAACAAUAGGUGUAGUAUCUUGGUGCGGUAUUGUCUCAAACUUGCCUUUUAGAAAUUCUCAGCUCCACACUGGACACCUUUCAGAGAAAGAAAGCUUGCUAUUAGGUACUUUAUGAGUUUUUGAAUUGAUCUAAAAACUCCUGCUUGAUUCUGUUUUAAAAAUGGAAUCCUCCCUUUGUUUUCUGUAAUCUUUUACCCUGUACAGUCAGUAUUCUAGAGGCAAAGGCCACUGGGACAAUGGGUUCUUUGGAACUUCAAUGGGCGUGACAGCAAAGCCCAAUGAUUUAGGCUCUGCCUGCGCUUGUGUGCAAAUGAACUGGCCUUAUUAUGGAAAUGACCCCUGCUGCCUCUCAUUAUUCAGUCACAUCUUUUAAUAUACAAAUGCUAAUGCUCUCCUUUUCAGAGCUGUUUAAAUUUCUCCAGGGACUGUGGAGUUUCCCCUGCAGGAGAUAAGAGUCCCGUGUGUUCCUACAAAAGGAGUAUUUGAAAUAAUUUGCCCAGGUUGAUCCAUUACUGCCAUUUUUAUUCUUGGGGUAUAAGCAGUUGCAAUGUUGAUGGGCAAAACCACAUGAAUUUUAAUGUCCAAACCCAAGAGGUGCAUGCAAUGCAGUAUAAUGUCUGUCUGCUACACAGAAUUUAAAUUCUUCUGCACCUUAUGCAAGAGCCCUGCCAUUAGAAUGAGCAGUCCUGAUAUAAAGGCAUAAUACAGCUCUUACAAAACAGCUGGCCAGGACACGUCUAGCUGGAAGCUUGGCCUUGGACAACAAGCAGAGCCUGAUGCACAUGGUAAUGCAAACGGCUGUUAUCAUUCACCAAAGGGAAAGAAUGGGAACCGAGUCCCUUUUAACAAGAAAUGGAUUUAUAUAAUGGUGACAUUACAGCAUUGUGUGCAGCAACAUUACAGUUCAGCCUCAUGUUGUCAUGUUGGAGUUACACAAACUCCAUUGCAAAAGUGUAGUUAUCUGAAGCCACUAAACAAAGGCAAAGGCUCCAAUUAGCUAUGAAAUCGACUGAAACAGAAUGCUGGGAAAAACAAUUAAAUAUAAUCAAGUUGAUUAGUCCGGCGAUUUGCUCGAAGUGGCUGUUUAUUGAAUGUGGCCUUCUACAACAGUUAAAGCUGUACUUUUCGGGAUUCUGAAUCUGGAAUUGUGUCCUGUCAGCAGAAAUGACCUGGUUGUAUUGUAUAAGACUGUGCACUCCCAACAGAAGUGUAACAAAUCACCAUGUUCUUAUAACUUUGAGGCUUCUAAAUAAUCUUGUAAACAUAUCUAAUUUAUUUGUUUUUGUUUUGUUUUUUUGUAUAAAAUCUAUAAUUUAAAAUCUC